AUGUUUUGCUCCAUGCGAUGGCCGUUGGUCGUCAUGGCCUUGAUAGCACUUUCGAUGUCUGUCUCAAGCAUUGACGUUGCAGCUCAUGGUCCAGCUAACACGACAGCAUCAAGUCCAGAGUCAACAACUGCGGCAACUGCUACGAUCACUCCAGCAAUUCCGACUGCUAGUUCUGCUCCAGAAACGAUUGCAGCAGCACCGGAAGAUCCGGUGGAUGCUAUCACACGACUUCCUGCGCCAGAGCCCCUAGAAAUCGGUACAUCAAUGUCGCCGGUAGUGACGGGAGCCGUUACCAGGACCACAUCUGAAUUGACAUUACAAGCUCCAAUUGCAGCACAAGCAAAGGUCUCUGAAUCGAGUGCAACUGAGCUGCCCGAAUCGACGUCAUCACAUGGUCGCAUGCGAGCCAGUGAUGCUAGUGGUCUCACAAGUGCGUCGUCUCAGUCCUCGGCAUCGAAAAGCGCGUCCGAAUCCACCACCGAUAGUCCGACAGACUUCACAUCCACCAAGUCGGUCGUGCUUUUCAUGAUAUGUGGAGUCGGUUUUACCAUAUCAAUGAGUCUUCUCUUCGUCUUAUGGAGAAACAGGAUGAAGAACAAAGACUCGGACCUGGAGACAACGGCUCCGCCAAACGCAGCUUCGAUCUCAUUUCCAGCCAUUGCGAUCCCACCGAUUAUCGUGCCUGACGCUCAGGUGGUGUCUUCCUGGAAAGCAAGUAAACCGAGUAUUGCGUCACAACCUGAUAUACUGCUGUCUGCAAGCGACCACACCAAGCUUGAUCCCUCAAUGCGUUCAUCUGUCGGCCACGACCUGACCAACGGGUACUCCCAAGUUGCUAGUCUGCCUCUGCUUUGCCCGUUGAUGCAAACGCCUCAAGCAAACCGAGAGACGAAUUCGUCUUCGGAACAGAGCAUCAGUAUCCGCGGGUACUCUGACUUCUCCAUGCAUCAUGACUCGGAAGGUGAGACUUUCGCUGUGAUGAGUGAGAGAGACUCGGCAAGUACGGCAUACCUCGCUCGCGACAGGUGCUCGACGUAUAACCGAUACUCAGUAUCGUCGCGGCUUUCCAGUGUCCAUGGACGAAACAGCUCCGAUUGGUUCCAGCUUCUAGCGUCCGAGCAACUCGACAUCUAUCGUGUUUCCUCGGCGUCAUCCACAACUUUCUCGGUUGCAACAACCGAGCAAGUGCGGCUGCCCCACGCCAAUGUUCACGUCACAUUGAACGGAACCACGUCGCGCACUGAUGUUCCGACCUGGUACGUCGUGAUUCAGUCCCCGACUGACAACAACCGAUGCACUACGACGUCGAUUGACAGCGACGACUUGCGAGACGAUAGAGAAUCGUAUGAGCUGUAG